CCAGGCCGAACUGGUGAGGCUCGGCCUAUAAGAAAUAUGUAUUAUCUUGAAAACACUGUCUGCGCUUGAUUCUGCUAGAUUUCGCCUGCAUAGAGACAGCAUCCAACUCUUAAAAGAAACUUAUAGUAAGGCGUGAUAUAUAAGAAUAUAUUGCCUCACCCCUCUCUUCUUGUCUUUCUCUCAAUUCAACAAGAUCCCCGAUCCUUCCGAAUCUUGUCGUACUGUCAAAGCAGUAUCUGCAAUUCCAAUCUCUCCAAAUGGCACUGGCCCGCGGUCUAAAAUACCUACCAUCCUCCUCCUUCCGCACGAGCGCCCCUCGCCGAAGCCAUGCAUAUAAUUCCUCGUCCCCCAUUCAUACUCAAACUUUUUCCACGACGUCAAUGACGGCUAAUCCCACCUUGUCUGGAUCCUCGGUUCCUCCCCAUACUUGCGAAGGCUACCACCACAUUCCUCCAGGAUCUUUUCUCUUUGGGAUUGGGACUUGGGCUGAUAGCAGUAGGACUAAUAUCAGUGCCUAUUGUGGCAGAGAAGAUGUUCGAGAGGAUAAUAGAUAUGAUGUUGAUCAGAGGGCCACUGCAAAUGGGGAUGCGAGUGAUUGUCCACCGAUACCAAGAUUGGAAGUGAGAACAACACUACAAGGGGUUGUUAUCGAGGAAAAGGACGAAGAGAACAUCGAACUAAAAGCGAAAGGGGAAGGGAAUGGGAAUGGGGUAGGGGGAUAUGGUCGCCCUAUCUUCCGGCAGUUGCCGGAGAUCUUCCCACUUGAGUUCAAAGGGGGAAAGGAGAUAUAAAGUGGCUUUAGACUUCUCACCAAUCCUACUCAAGGAUAUUUUACCCUCAGCUAGCCAGCUGACCAACCAACACCAUCUUCCCCGAAGCCUCCCAAGCAAGAUGAGCGUCCCCCAACCGUCUUAGAAACCCUCUUGCCCUAUGCUCCUACUCCGAACAAGUCCUCCCGCUCUCCCUCUCUUCCCAUCAUUAAGGACAUCCAAAACGCCUUCCAUCCACGCUCUUAUCUGUAGUUAGUCUCUGUACAGCCAAGUCAAACCCUCUUCUCCUCUCCUGUGGUUUUCGAGAUUGCGUAUAUCUCCCACGCUAGC